AUGAGACGUUCUUUCACCAAGGACUGGGAAACUGGUCCGCGUUACAGCACCAAGGACUGGGAAACUGGGCCGCGUUACAGCACCAAGGACUGGGAAACUGGGCCGCGUUACAGCACCAAGGACUGGGAAACUGGUCCGUGUUACAGCACCAAGGACUGGGAAACUGGGCCGCGUUACAGCACCAAGGACUGGGAAACUGGGCCGCGUUACAGCACCAAGGACUGGGAAACUGGUCCGCGUUACAGCACCAAGGACUGGGAAACUGGGCCGCGUUACAGCACCAAGGACUGGGAAACUGGGCCGCGUUACAGCACCAAGGACUGGGAAACUGGUCCGCGUUACAGCACCAAGGACUGGGAAACUGGACCGCGUUACAGCACCAAGGACUGGGAAACUGGGCCGCGUUACAGCACCAAGGACUGGGAAACUGGUCCGCGUUACAGCACCAAGGACUGGGAAACUGGGCCGCGUUACAGCACCAAGGACUGGGAAACUGGGCCGCGUUACAGCACCAAGGACUGGGAAACUGGUCCGCGUUACAGCACCAAGGACUGGGAAACUGGGCCGCGUUACAGCACCAAGGACUGGGAAACUGGGCCGCGUUACAGCACCAAGGACUGGGAAACUGGUCCGCGUUACAGCACCAAGGACUGGGAAACUGGUCCGCGUUACAGCACCAAGGACUGGGAAACUGGGCCGCGUUACAGCACCAAGGACUGGGAAACUGGGCCGCGUUACAGCACCAAGGACUGGGAAACUGGGCCGCGUUACAGCACCAAGGACUGGGAAACUGGUCCGCGUUACAGCACCAAGGACUGGGAAACUGGGCCGCGUUACAGCACCAAGGACUGGGAAACUGGGCCGCGUUACAGCACCAAGGAGGAGGAAUUAAUAAUCUUUCGAAUACUCUCCUAUUUGUGCUUUCAGGGUGAUAUUAAGCUCUGGGGUCCCGGCUUUUGA